AGAAGCUGUGGAAGACACCGCGUCAUGUGACGGGAAAAACAAAAUGUCAACAACACUCAGCUCUGUGCUGUGAAACAGGGGGAAAUAAACCUUUGUUUCCAGGCCUUUUCUGGUGUUUAAUUAAAAUAAAAUGAAUUUUUAUCCACUCUACGGCGUGAGAACCGGAUGUUAGCUUUUUGUUUCCCAGCUGUCACUGCGCAGGAUGGCUGUGGCUCACGCAGGUCAGUCCUCCCUGGUGCACAGCUUGGCCACACUUCUGCGCAAUAAUGGUGACAUAGUGCUGGAUGGCAGCAGCACGCUGACUCUCCCGGCCUGCUCGCUGCAGCAGCUCACGCGGCUCUUUGAGCAGCACCUUCUGUCCAGGAGCCAGCAGCAUGGCUUCCUGGCGCUGCCCUCUCACCCGGCCGACACGUCCUCCCUGCUGCAGCUGCAGUUCCUCUUCGACGUGCUGCAGAAGACCAUCUCCCUAAAGCUCAUCAAUCCACCAGGAGUCCAACUGGAGACAGCAGUGAAAAUCUUUCCUUUCAAGUCUCUCAGGUGGUUAGAGCUGAAGAGAAUCCCUCCUCACCUUCUGGAGGGACUCCGAGGGGUUUACUCCCAGCUGGAAGUUUUCACCUGCUCAAAGAGCCUCAGCUCCCUGGAGGAGCUGCUCUCUCUGUGUGGAGGCGACCUGAGCUCUGCUCUUCCUUGGCUGGAGCUCCACACCCUGAACUUUAGCUACAACUCCAUCGUGUGCCUUGACCAGUCACUGGGUUUGCUAAACGUCCUAAAAUCUUUGGACCUGAGUCAUAACAAGAUUCAGGAUUGUGAGGAAUUUCUAAAGCCUCUGACUGAGCUGGAACAUUUAAACUUGGGCUAUAACUGCCUGCAGAGGGCGCCAGUGCUCAGCCCCAGUGCCAGGGCCAAGCUGCACACGCUGGUCCUCAGGAACAACCAACUGGAAACCAUUAACGGUGUGGAGCAGUUGUCUUCGCUGCAGCAUUUAGACCUGGCCUACAACCUGCUGCUGGAGCACUCCCAGCUGGCUCCUCUGUCCCUGCUGCACUGCCUCUGCACCCUGAACCUGGAAGGAAACCCGCUGUUCUUCCAGAGGAGCCACCGUACCGCCACGGUUCGCCAUCUGUCGCCGAAGGCGGCCAGCACCAGACUCAGGCUUGAUGGAGCCCCGCUGACCUCCUCUGAGCUCUCGGUUCUCCCAAAACCAGGCCGGCCCACCAGCCAGACUCAGACGUAUGUUCCUCCAGUUUCUGAUCCACCUGAACGCAGCAACCAGGACCCUUCGAGUGGAGCGGGGGAGCUGAGUGACAGCCUGUCGGCCUCAGAAGCUGGGAUGUCCCGCUUUAGACGGAAGAAAUCCAGAAGUAAGGUCAAGGUACGGAGAGCCAGCAUAUCGGAACCAAGCGACACUGAUUACACACCCAGACGCUUCUCCUCCUCACAGGACAUCGUCCUUCCCCACCAACAAGAGAUUGAGCGUAUGUCCAGCUUCAGGGAUCAACUGGGAGAAGACUGGCUGAGGUACCAGCACCAUCUAGAUGGAGGAACACCCACUACCAUCACAGGUUUCCAAACGACCCAACCCAGAACUCAGACCCUAACCAACGGAGUCAGCGACCUCAAAGCGUGUUCGGCUAACGACCUGGUAGACCAGCUGCCCCCUUUGCCCUCAGAGGACGACCCACCGCUCCUCUGCUCGGAGACGAACCAUCUGGAGACGGAGUCCACGUUACGGUGGAGUCAGAGCAGCCAGCCGACCGAGUCCACCCUAGAGGUCAGCGUGGUGGACGGUGAAGCCAGGGGGCAGGAGGGGGCGGGCUCACAUCAGUCCAGCCCUGAUUCUCAGAGGUCUGCAAGGGCGUCGAGUGGAGGAACGAACCAAGAUGAGGAGGAGGAACUGGGAGUUGACCUGUGUCAUCCCCUGCUGGUGGGAGUCUUCCUGGACGAGGACAGCGAAGGCCAGGAGAGGAAAAAGAAGGAGAUGUUUUUACGAGUCAAACAGGGUUUACUGCUGGAGGUGGACAUGCAGAGCGGCAUGGAGAGAGGGCGGCUGGAGCUGGACAGCCUGGUCAGGGUGGAGACCAUGGAGGCUGUGUGGAGCAGAGAGGAUGCUGAGGUUCUAUUUCCGGCCUUGGAGCUCCAUUUCAACUACAUCGUUAAGGAAAAACGUUGUAGACGCUUCGUCCUUCUUGAUGAUGACCCUCAGCAGGCAGCUCAGGUUUUAAAUGACAUCUUAUCUGUCGUGGUGGAGGAGAACCAGCGGCGCCAUUCUGAACUCAUCCCCGACUGCGUUCGUCUCCAGUGCCUUCGCUGCAGGUCAGAGUUCACCUCAAAUAUGGCGACGGAUGAGGAAGAGUACACAGGAGGAGGAAGAGGCAGGAGUAGAGGGGGUGCUGCUGAAGGACAGUACUGGGAGGAGCAAACAGAGGCAGAUUCCUCCAAUCAUGGCGGCACAGGAAAAACUUGUGUUUGUCCAGAAUGUGGCAGUGACCAUGUGGUUCAAGUUGCCGAGCUCACGGCUCCUCUUAGCAGUACUCCCAUCAGUCAGUCGCCAAGGCCUGAAAGCAAAGAUCAUCUAGGUUCUACAUACAGUGGAGAUAAGCUUGAUGAUACAAAGGAACUGUCAAGCUGUAGUCUCUUUCUGGAGACUGCCAUCACUUCAAUGGAGCCGAGCUUUGCCACAGCCCAGGGAACCUCCUUCUUUAUUGGCGAUGGUCCUGACGACACCAGCAGCCUCUCCUACAACACUGAGCACCAGAGUAAAGAAGACCUGGCUGGAAGCUACCACUACUCCAUCCUGGGAGAUACACCAACCUCAGCUGAGCCCACGGAGCCAUCCAUCCCUAAGGAUGACUUGGAUCUAUUAUCCGAAGAAAACAUGUCCGUGGACCAUCGGCUGAAGCUUUUCCUGGACGUGGAGGUCUUUGAAGAAGAAGAAGAGGAGCUUCACUCUUUCCUCAAGAUGUCAGCUGUAAAAUUUGGGGAAUUAGGGGAGGUUCCCUCGCUGUUGGUCGUUUCGAACCAGCGGUUAUACUUUCUGGAAAUGAUGUCAGACGUGCAAGGCUCACUUGCUGAUCGGCUAAAGAAGAAGGAUAGCUACCCAAUCGUGGAGCUCAGCUACCUGGAGGUGGGACUGGGCUCCCAGAGCAUCCACAUGAAGUUUGCAGAUGGAGGCGUGGCCUAUACUCUCCUGGUCAGGGACAGCGUGCGCUGCAAGCGCUUCUUUGGUCUCCUAACAGGAAUCGUUCGAGAGAAGGCUCACAAAUCGGAGAGCAUGCUGCAGUCCAUCUCCACCACCAGGCUCUCCGUCCAGCACCAUCUCUGGCCUCUCGUGUGCGAAGACAUCCAGGCAGAUGUGGAGGACGGACAGCUGCAGUUCUUCUACGUCCUGGCGUUCGUCCUACGAGAUGAGAGCUGGUUGUCUCUGACCGUCCUGGCGACCCGAGAAACCCUCUAUCUUCUGGAAGAAGACCACCAGUGGAGCAAAACCAGCUCAGCAGUAACUGAAAACAGCGAAGCAUGUAGCGGAAACGUGGUGGUGAUUGAAACUCUCCCAAUCAGCUGCGUGAGCUCAGUGGUUUUGUUGCCCUCGGACCAGCACAGGAUGGACAUUAAGCUUUUUGACGAGACUAUGAAACAGGAGAAGACAUGGUGCGUGCGCUUAGAGAGCGCGGAGCUCCUUCAGGGUCUGUUAUCCUGGGUCAGAACGCAGUGGGAGGCCAUGUUCGGAGUCAAGCUGCAAACAAGUCUGCAAGACGACCCGUCAUGAUGGGGAAAAAAAAAAGAAAAAGAACUGCUGAAGUUUUAUGCUUUAAUUGUGUGUUUGUUUUCAGGCGGGGGUGGGGAACAUGAGCGAGCAUGAACGACGGUGCAUCUUUGUUUUCUCUGCAUUCAGUCUGGUCCCAUUACGCUUUGUAGCUCUAAGCCAGGAGCUUGGAAGUGAUUGCAUUCAUUCAUGUGGUACACAAGGAAAAAAAAAAAAAGAAAAUAUCCUGCUUGCAUAACUUCUCCAGGAAAAAAGAAAACAUCCCCGGUGAACUUUUCCACCACUGAAUCGAAGUGCGCCUUGCUUCUUUGUGAAGAUGUCAUGUCCUCGUCUUGUGAUGGAUCUAAAUGCACGUAAUUUUGUUCCAAGAUCACCCGUAGCGUUAAGCAAAUGGAGGGCAGCGCUCCGCCGCCGUCUUGGCUGCGUCGAGCUGAAAAAGAUGCAGAGGAAAGAACCUGAUUCUACGUUAGGGUCUAGUUCAUCUGCAAAUUAUUGCUAUCAGAAGAUUUAACCUAAUUUUAGUUUAGAUACUCAUCAGCGCCAUCUUUGUGACAGUUUGAAAUGUCUUCCCCAGCUGUUACAGAGGUGCAAAUUCAGGUUUAUGUUUCCACUGUGAUGUGACAUUAAGUAAUAGGUGUUUUUUGCCUUUAUGGAUAAAUACAACAAGCUGACUUUUAUUUUUCUAUAAAUCUCCCGUGUGUGUACUUGGAUUAAUAAAAAAAAA